AUGUCUUUAUUUCUUUUAUCUCGUCGUUCAUUUUCUGUUUUAACACAAAUUAAAAUUGAUCCUAAUAUGCAAAAAAAACUAGAACAUCUUUCAUUAAUUUCAUUUCAAAAUGAACAAACAAUAAAGAAAGUUGAACAAACUAUUCAUUCAUCAGAUAUAAUUCAUCAAGCAAAUGUUGAUCAUCUUGAACCAUUAUAUACUCUUGUUCAAACAGAAUUAUGUCCUUUAAGACAAGAAGAUAUAGUAUCAAAUGAAAAAACACUUCAAACAAAACAAGUAUUGAAAAAUGCUUCAACAACUUAUGAAGAUUAUUUGGUUGCACCUAUGAUUGGUAAACGUGAUUCUCAGACUGUUGAAAAAGUUGAUACAACAAAAUUAUAG